CAAUCUCCGAUCCGCUCUUUUUGUUCCUUGUCGCCAUGGCGACCGGCACUUGUCUCGUGCUGCAGCCAAGUGGGGAAACCAUAGUUCUUGACGUCACUCCCGAGUUGCGAGGGAGGGAGCUCAAGCAGCAGAUCAAAAGUCGGCAGCCUUGGGACGAGCUUACUCGGAGGACCACCAGCGUGGAGAUAAUUGUUGGAGACGACCAGUUGCUGGCCAAUGAUGUCAAGGUCUUGGACGCGGGAAUCGCUGCAGAUACGGUUGUGAGUGUUGUUUUCAAGCCAAACAAAGUUAUAUGCUCCAACAAAGCUGCGAUCGCCAGUCUUGGUGGCAUCGUCGACUCCGAACUGUUGCUUGUUGUCGAAAUUCCACAUGAUGAAACACAAAUUUGCGACUGCGCUUUUGAGGAUUGCCACACGUUGGCCAAGUUGACCAUCCCAGACUCAGUGACCCAGAUUGGGGAAGGUGCCUUCCGGAAUUGCAGCUCUUUAGUAAGUUUGACAAUCCCAAGCUCAGUGACCCACAUCAGGGAAAGUUCCCUUGAGGGUUGCAGCUCCUUGGCGAACUUGACCAUUCCAAACUCAGUCACCCACAUUGCAAACAAUGCCUUUAGGAAAUGCAGCUCCAUUGCGAAGUUGACCAUCCCAGACUCGGUGACCCACAUUGGGGAUGAUGCCUUUGGAGAUUGCAGCUCAUUGAUGAGCUUGACCAUCCCAGAGUCCGUGACCAACAUGGGGGAUUUUGUUUUUGCGUACUGUAGCUCUUUGGUGAGUUUGACCAUUCCCGACUCGAUCACACACAUUGGGAACUGCGCCUUUCACAGUUGUAGAUCUUUGGUGGACUUGAUCAUCCCGAACUCAGUGACCCACAUUGGGGACAAUGCCUUCAAGAAUUGCAGCUCGUUGGUGAACUUGACCAUAUCGAAUUCCGUGACGCACAUUGCUGACGGCGCCUUUGCGAAUUGCUGCUCUUUGACGAACUUGAACAUUCCGGACUCCGUGAUCCACAUUGGGAAUUCAGCCUUUAAGGAUUGCAGCUCCUUGAUGAAGUUGACCAUCCCAGACUCGGUGACCCACAUUGGGGAUGAAGCCUUUGAGGGUUGCAGCUCUUUGACGAGCUUGACCAUCCCAGAGUCCGUGAGCCACCUUGGGCUUCGUGCAUUUGAGAAUGUCCCUUUGAAGCGGCCGAAAUCCCGCUGAAGCUGCAGGGCCUUCGCUGCCGAGCCGCGAAGCUCUACUGCGCGUGGUUUCAAGGCAGACCACUCGAAAAGCGUGGUGGAGCUUUGAAGCGAAGCCACCAAGGGCAAAGGGUGAUGUAGUUUCUCUUAUUUUUUUCGGGGGGCCACAACAAAGGAGCCGGUUUUAUAGUAUAGCAGAAUGCUAUACCGCACCAAAGGAUCCAAACUGAUUGGUACACCCAAAAUACCAGACCUCUCGAAGUCCUUGUCUUCGGAAACUCCCUUCUUUCUCCGAGCCGUGCUUCAGGCGAGUGCUUGGGCUUGGGCGGUGUUAGACCCCUCCGCCGGCGGCCCAAAGUGGUCGCGGACCGUGUCGCGAGCGAUCGCGGACAAAGGUGGCUCGCAGCAUCGCGACAGGAGAAGACCCAGAGAGGUUGAUUGAGAGACCUAUG